AUGCAACAGAAAGCCUUUGAGGAAAGCAGAUACCCCUGGCAGGAGUCCUUUGAGAAUGUCGCUGUGUGCCUGCCCUUCCGUUGCCCGAGGUGUGGGGACCAUACCAGAUUUAGAAGCCUGUCCUCGUUGAGGGCCCAUCUGGAAUUUAGUCACAGCUACCAGGAGAGAACCCUCUUGACAAAAUGCAGCCUCUUUCCAUCUCUCAAAGACACAGACCUGGUCACUUCCUCCGAGCUCCCGAAACAGGGAAAAUUGCAGAGCUGUGGCAACAUAGUAAAGCAGAAACCAAGCUAUGUUAACUUGUAUAGUAUUUCGCACGAACACUCCAAGGACAGGAAGCCAUUCGAGAUGGUGGCAGAGAGGCCCGUGUCCUACGUGCAGACCUACACUACAGUAGACCUACGUGCAGACUCGCCGGAUGCACCGAGGGCCAGUCCGGGCCUGCCCACCUCAGACACCAAAGCAGCUUUCGAGGCACAUGUCAGAGAAAAGUUCAGUCAGAUGGUCGAGGCUGUGGACAGGACCAUAGAGAAGAGGAUUGAUAAACUCACCAAAGAGCUGGCCCAGAAAACUGCUGAACUGUUGGAAAUUCGGGCGGCAUUUGUGCAACUGACGCAGAAGAAGCAGGAAGUUCAGAGACGAGAGCGGGCCCUGAACAGACAGGUGGAUGUGGCCGUGGAGAUGAUCGCAGCCCUGAGGCAACGCCUGAUGGAAUCCGAAGAGGAGCUUCUCAGGAAAGAAGAAGAGGUGGUUACGUUCAACCAUUUCCUGGAAACAGCAGCUGAGAAGGAGGUUCAAGGAAAAGCUCGGCUCCAGGACUUCAUAGAGAAUCUGCUGCACCGGGUGGAGCUCGCGGAAAAACAGCUGGAGUACUAUCACAGCCAGCAGGGGGCCGGCCUCUGCGGGGACUCCCGAGAGCACGCGCUUACAGAUAUCUCCUCAAAUAGGAAACCCAAAUGCCUAAGCCGAGGGCACCUGCAUUCUGUGUGUAACCACCCUGAUCUCAAGACCCAUUUCCAUCCAAAGGGAAGGAUGAAAAAAGCCAAGGAUGACAGAGCCAGCGUGCAGCCUGCUAAGUCCCUGCAUGAACAGACCGAGUCCCCAAGAGAACUCUGCAGACCAGCAAAGAAAGGGGAGCCUCUGGGGUUUGGCCGGAAAGGCAACAUCAGACCCAAAAUGGCCAAAAAAAAGCCGACAGCGAUUGUGAACAUCAUCUAA